UUGUGCUUUUGACCGAACAUAAACGCAAAAUGAAGAAAUUUUGAAGUACAGAAAUGGUUGACUGUCAUCCGACGUAUUGUAAUGCAUUUAUAGAGAUUAGGACUUUAUUCCUUUUGUCUUAUUAAUAUUUUCUCUCCGUCUCUUCGUGGCGUCACCUUCGUCGUGGCGUCAGAAAACGUGGCGUCACCUUCGCCCGAUGCGCUUUGCAAGGAGAGAGAGAAAGGGAGUGAAAAGAUUGGAGUUAUUUUUACUUACAGUCAAUAGAAUUUAUUCUUACUUACGGCCCAUAUAGCCUACACCAUCGAAUAACUCGUAUGCUCUCUUAUCUACAAAACGAAUUCACCAAGCUGGUUGAGCACAUUGUAGCAGGAGCACGAAAAAGUUUUCUAGUAUACUAGUUAUUUCUAAAAUGCCUAAAGUAAAAGCCUGCACAAGCAAAAAACUGGACAGUUUUGUGAAAGAAUUUGGGUCGGAUGUGUUUUCUACUGAUGGGAGCAUUCUGUUUUGUAAGGCAUGCGAGAAGUCAGUAAAUUUUGAGAAGAAGUAUUUUAUAUCUCAGCACUUGGAGACAUCUAAGCAUAAAACAGCAAAAGAUAAAAAAGAUGGGAAAACACCGACUCUGAUUCCCACCUGUUUUCAAUUAUCUUCUCGCAAAUCGGAAUUUGCAAUGGAUUUAUGCAGAUCAUUUGUAGAUGCCGGCAUUCCGCUGUGGAAACUUGAAAAUAAAAGUAUACGAGCUUUUUUGCAAAAAUAUACGAAUCAAAGUGUGCCCUGUGAAUCAACUUUAAGGAAAACUUAUUUAGAUGACUGUUAUACCGAAGUUCUUAAAACUAUUCAAAAUGAAAUCGGAACGAAAAACAUAUGGCUAUCUAUAGAUGAAACGACAGAUGUAACUGGACGAUAUGUUGCGAAUGUUAUUGUUGGUGUUAUGGACCCAUUUGAAAAACAUAAAAUCUUUUUGUUGACAUCUGAACAGUUGCAAAAGACUAACAGUACUACAAUUGCACAGUUGUUCACUAAUGCACUGGCUUUACUUUGGCCAAAUGGUACUGAGCAUGAAAGAGUGCUAUUAUUUCUUACAGAUGCAGCCUCCUACAUGAAAAAAGCUGGAAAUGCCUUAAAAGUUUUAUUUCCUAAUAUGAUCCAUCUAACGUGCCUUGCUCAUGCAUUGCACAGGAUAGCAGAGGAAGUAAGAGGUCUCUAUCCUGAGGUAGACUCGCUUGUUUCUAGUGUGAAAAAAGUAUUUGUGAAAGCCCCUUCAAGAGUUCAAGUGUUCAAAGAAAUUGCACCAGACAUUCAAUUACCUCCUAAACCGAUCCUUACGAGAUGGGGAACAUGGAUUUCAGCAGUCUCAUACUACUGCACAAAUUUUGAGGAAGUUACUCGAGUCCUUACCAGCUUUUCGGAUGAAGAGGCAAUAUCCAUAAGAAAAAGUAAAAAUCUGCUUAGCAGUUCUAAAAUUAAAAAUGAACUGACUUUUAUUUCAACUUAUUUUGGGAAGCUCCCUGGAGCUAUUGAACACAUGGAAAAAAGAAAUAUGUCUUUGUCCGAGUCACUAAAGAUUUUCGACAAUACUAUUGAAGAACUAAUGUCUGUGCCUGGACCAUCUGGUGACAUAAUAAGGAAGAAAUGUGAAAACGUCAUCUCUGCAAAUACAGACUUUGAAUGCAUCAAGGACAUUGCAAAAGUACUUUCUGGUGAUACUACAGUUGAACUUACCAUAUCUCCUACCAUGGCAAGUUGUUUUAGGUACGCGCCCAUAACUUCUGUCGAAGUAGAAAGAUCCUUCUCUUUGUUUAAAACUAUAUUGACUGACAGGAGACAAAAUUUCUCUUUCGAAAAUUUGAAAAAGCAUCUAGUUGUGAUGUGCAACAACAACCAAUCAUCAGAAUAAAUCUGCAUACAAUAUUAUUGUAAGUACGAGUUUUCAAUUUUUAUUUCGCACCUACGCAGUUGAGGUUUUUUUUUUGUGCAAUUAUGUCCACUUCUUUUGUACUAUUGCUACGACAGUCGAGUGAAAUGAAUAUGUAGGUAUACCGGAUACUUCUAGCAACUUUUUUUAUACCUUGGAUACCUAUAUGGGCUUUUAGGCAUUACCAACUACCAUUUUGCUCCAAUUUUAAGUGCCUUUUUUAAGUGCCUAUUUCAAGCUUUUUAAAUGCCUUUUUGCCUGCCUAUUUUUGCAUUUUUUAUUGCCUGAAAUUCCGGGCUUUACUGAUC